GACGCUCACUUCCGCUUUUUUUUUCAAGAGCGUCUGUCCAAAUUUUUGGUUCUUAUAAUUUUUUUUAGUUUUUAAAGUCUUUAACAGCGAAAUUAACUAAAAAUGUUCCGUUCGAUUAACUAUGAACUAAACGGAGCGGAGUUCUUCAAAAUUCUUUAUAAAAGGGAACAAGUCAACCCUUUUGAGUUCCGUCUUGUAGAUUACAGCUCUUUCAGCGAUGAAAAGCUAGAGGAUCUUCUAUUAAGCACUGAAUAUGAAAUUCUUAGAAAUGAGGAUAUCCCGCCUUUGAUGGAUAAUGAAGAUAUUCUUCAUGUCUUAAAGUUCAUUCGUGACAAAAUACUAUUGACAAAACACAUGCGAAAAUUUUUGCCAUGUCUCUAUGAGCUUAUAGACCAUCCAAAAUUUAAAGAUGACAGGGAUCCUAAUAUUCCCAGAUGGGUUAUUGAUACCAAUAGGCGCUGGAGUGAACAUAAACUCUAUUUGGUUCCUCACACGAGAUUUAUGAGAUUUUGCACAUUGCUUAAUGGACUUUCUUGGGAAGAAGAUCAAAAGAGAAAACGGGAAUCCAAAUAUAUUGGAUGCUCCGAUGGUACAAGCUAUACCCAUAGAGAUAUUCGUGUUCAGUAUGCUGAGAGGCAGCUGAAAGGACUGGUCCAAGAUGAUGAUGAUUCUGAUGAAGAAUAAAGCUGUUAAAUAUCUUUGAAACUUUUUUAACAUUGAUUUUUAUUUAUAUAAUUAGUUUUGGCCAAUCAAACCCUCUAAAAUUUUUCUUUCAAAAUUUUAUUUAAAUGAAUUUGUAAAUUUAUUUGGACAAUAAACUACAGCAAUUAAUUAAAAAAUGUAAAA